AAAUUUAUCUAAUAAAAGCUACAGGAAAUAUAACAGCAUAUAUAUCUAUAUCGACAAGUUAAUUUUACGUAAAUUGUCGAAAGUAAUCGUAACACUUCCGUUAAAAUUUAGAGAGUUUAGAGUUAUCAUUCCGUUUGCUCGUUUACACCAAUUUAGAAUAGAAGUAGUUAUGCGUCUUUUAAUUUAUCUCAUGGGCUACACUCUAGCUAAUGUAUUAGCUAUUUUAGAAAGAGAACUUCGCUCAGAUCGUCAUAGGAGGUACUUGGGUUUAGGGAGAAGGUUUAAGAUUAACCGCCGAUACCAGGAAUGCGUAGGACCCGGCGAUUUACCGGGACAUUGCAAGCAUCCCCUUUUUUGUGCUAUGAAUGUCGUCGGUUCGUCGAAAAAUCCCGUCGAACAUCUUUGUGUCAUAGAAAAAACGUUCGUGGGGGUUUGUUGUCCAGAUGACAUCUUGUUAAGUAAUAUAGUGGGUUCCCGAAUUAUUAUGGACCUUCCUGCAGGAGGUGAAGAUUACGAUGAACAGCAAAAUUUCACAAUGGGUUGCGGAAUAUUUAUAGAUGAAAAACCUCAGCAAUCUAGCGCGAAAGAAUGGCCCUGGCUGGCGUCUUUGUAUGACCCAGAAACUAGUAAACCUUUUUGCGGUGGUGCCCUUAUUACAGACCGACACAUAUUAACUGCUGCACAUUGUACUGAAGGGAGAACACCCUCAGAUAUGAGGGUUCGCCUGGGCGAAUAUGAUUACGCAAGGCCGGAUGAAACACGUGCUCGAAAUUUCGAAAUAUCCGAAAUAAAGGAGCACGAAGAAUUUGAAUUGUCAACGUACUUUAACGACAUAGCUAUUUUAACGUUAACCAACGCUACAGGAUUUAAUACCUACAUUUGGCCCAUUUGUUUGCCUCCGCUUAAUAAAAACUACGUUAACGAAACGGUCAUUGUAGCCGGAUGGGGACAAAUAUCAUAUUCGGGUAACACAUCAAACAUUCUAAGACAGGUUGAGAUUCCCGUUUGGGAACAUGAAAGAUGUGCCGAUUCUUUUGUACAAACAAUUAAUGAAAAAACCAUCUGCGCUGCAGCGUACGAAGGCGGUAGAGAUUCUUGUAAGGGCGAUUCUGGGGGACCACUUCUUCAUCAGUUACCGAAUGGACGAUGGGUUAUAAUCGGUAUAGUAUCGUGGGGCAUUGGUUGUGGACAAAAGGGACAGCCGGGGAUUUACACACGCGUUGACAGUUACAUUCCUUGGAUUCUAACUAACACCAUUGCGAAAUAAAUCAUUUCAAUUAAUGAUAUUAACUUUAUUUAAUAAACCUUCAUAAGACAUAAUAACGAAAUAAAUAUGAAACAUGUUAAAAAUAAGUGAGAUAAAUAAUUUAAUUAAUUCUCAGUAAACAUAGUAACUAACAUAAUUAUAUAACUCUUUAUUUACCUAUAUGUAACGGCAUAAUAUAACUUUAUAGACUAUACGAUACAAUUUUUGUUAAAAUACUUAUCUUUGGUAAUAUUUGACUUAAUUUUUGUACUAAGUUGACAUGUAUUGUAAAUAACCGAAUAAAAUUAAACAGAAAGAAAGUGAAGAGUAACAGGUAACAUCA